GUGUCCCGCCGCUGCCGAGUCACGGCCGGGCAGCGGCGCCGCCCCCGGGGUUGCGGGUUCGAAACCCGGCACGGGCUUCUCCGCGCCCUGCAGCGCUCCCGCCUUACGGCCCCUGUAGAGCCCCCUCCCCGCGGCCCCUUCGCUGAGCUGCAAGGCUCACCAGCAGCUGGAGCCCUGGAUGGAAGGUGUCCUGGAGCAUGGAAGGUGUCCUGGAGCAUGGAAGGUGUCCUGGAGCAUGACAGCACUGGCAGUUGGGUGUAUCUCCAUUCACAAGCAGUUCUGGGGUUCAGUCCAUGUCUGCUGUGGUAAACUGGGGCUCCUGACGUGCCACAGAUAAGGAACUGUCCCUUGCCAACGCCUCCUGGGCUUUUUAUCUCCCUUUGAGUUUUUAUUCCUGCCACCCCCCAAACCUCCUUUGCUAUUGGUUUGAGGUUACUGGAACAUUUUUAUAGGAAAAAGAACAUAUUGAUGUGUUUGUGCCUGAUGUAGUCGAGUGCACGAUGUCUUCCAGUUACCUCAGCUUUCGACACAGCGUUCCCUGGCUCAUCCUCCUGCUGGAAGUUCUUUUCCUCAUCCGCUCUUACUUUCUCCUCUUAGAACAUGAUGCUCUGUACUGGCUAUACAGCUCCUACCCAGACUUUCAAGAUGUCAACCACAUGGUGAUUUUUGGAUUUGGCUUUUUCCUGAUGGUUCUGAGAAGAUAUGGGUUUAGCAGCACUGGAUUCAACCUCCUGAUCAUUGUACUUGGUGUCCAAUGCUCUGUGUUGGUAGAAGAUUCAUUAGUUUUCUUUUCUCUAGAGGCAAAGGAAGGUAUUCUGAAAAGUAUAGCAAAGGCUUUUAUAAGUAUGACAGCUGUGAUUAUCUCCACUGGAGCUGUUCUUGGGAAGACUAAUCUUGUGCAGUUAAUUGUGAUGACACUUGUGGAAUUAAUAGUUUUCUAUGUGAGCAGAUGGAUCAACAGGAGAUACCUGGAGGUUGGAGAUCAUCUCAGCCUGAUGCAUGUGCACCUGUUUGGAGCCUACUUUGGGCUGGCAGUCACCUCCUGUUUCCCUGAGCCCUCCCCAAGGCUGGACAAGAACAGGAGCACCCCAAAGUCAGACUUGUUCUCCAUGUUGGGCUGUGUCUUUCUCUGGGUGUUCUGGCCAAGCUUCAAUUCUCUGCUCAUUCAGUCCAGGAUGAAAGCACUCCUCAACACCUACCUCGCCCUUGCAGUGAGUGCUGUAACUGCCUUCCUGUUGUCUGCUCUGACCUCAAAGGAUGGGAAAUUCAGAAUGACUCAUAUCCACAGUGCAGCACUGGCUGGUGGGGUCACCCUUAGUUUUACAGCAGAGACCAUCAGUCAUCCUUGGAUUGCCAUGAUUUUGGGGCUGCUUGGCAGUGCCAUCACCAUAUUAGGAUCUCACUGUUUACAGAGAUGCUUGAAUCCUCCUCUCAAAAUUCAUGAUACUUCUGGAGUUCAUUUCACCUUUGGCUUGCCUGCUGUGCUUGGAGGUCUUGCCCAAGUUGUUCUCUUAGUCAUAAGAGAAUGGACUAAUUCAUCGAGUCUGGGUCAUUUGGUCCUUCUUCACGUUGGUGCCUUCUGCCAGACCAUCAGCCUUGCCUUGAUAACAGGUUUUAUCACAGGUUUUAUCUUGAACACCAGACUGCUUAAGAUCAUCCCUGUAUCAAAGUACUUCGAAGACCAGUUUUACUGGGAGUUUCCCCAUUUGGCUGUUGGAUUUUGAGUGGAAGAUCCCAGUGACCAAGAUAAGAUUUUCCUCUUUGUCACUAGAGAAAAUGAGUAGCUAUGAUGGGUUCAAAGAGCACUGAAAUACCAGUUCCCACUGGCCCACAAAAGCCAUCCCCAUGGAAACACAAAAAAUUGGUAUUAAACUAGUUAUUCUCCAAAGAUACUGAGUGUAAAUUCACAGAUGCAAACUUGCAUUUAGCUUUUCUGCUUUGUUGGUCUUACCUUAAAUAAGAUAUGUACAAAAAGGUUGACUGCAUUCAUGGCUGUAAUGGCUUAUCAAUCCAAAUGCUUGGAAACUUUAAACUAUUUUUAGCUCCCAAUUUUAAAAGCCAAGAUUAUGUAUUUCAAAGUGUAAUUUUUCAAGGAGCACUUCUUAUCUAGAAAAGUACUCAACUAUGUGUUUUUAAGCUAAAUUGAUUCUGUUGAAGGCCUUGUUAAGGAAGGUUUUGAUGGGUGAGCUGGAUCUGGGCCAAACUCUGCAUCCUGCCAGACUGAACUCCUUGAGUUCUCUGACUGCUUAAAGACAAAUCUGUCAUUACUUGGCUCGGGCUAUUUGGAAGUUCAGAUGGCAAGAAGUUCAAUUGUUCUUCCUGUGCAUGGUGCCCCUGAAAUCAAUUUGGUAUUUGCUGCCAAAUCUAAAAUAAGAGCAGACCUCAGGUCAGUGUCUGGGUAGGGACAGCCUGUACCACCACAGGGUCAGCUGCCACCUGAGGGGACUGAGGGAAUAAUCCUCAGAGCCGCCUGAAACCAAUGCCAAGACCCAAUUUUGGAAGUGGCUUAUUCCAAGAUGAGCAGGGGACUCUGGGGCCUAAGCACACAGAGGAUUCUCUGCAAGUGUGCCCUUGUUUAUAAGUGGAUUGGAUCCUCGGCGUUUGUUCUUUGUCUCAAAAAUAGCUGACACAGAAAAAACUCUUUCCAAAAUGCUUACCCAAUAAAGAAGUGAAAAUGUGAUUGUUUUUGUUUAUUCAGCACACUUGUUAAAAAUGAAUGAGGAAAGCCAUGACAUUGAGGACCAGGCUGUUCUUUGAUGCUCACUGACCUCAUUCAUUCUUUAGGUGUUGAGCAAAGCAGGUCACUACAGUUACAGAAAUGAAACAGGUUCCAAGUAAUGAAACAAUUACUUGCAGAGGAAGGGCCAGUUUUCUUUGUUUCUAGGUCACAAAGGAGCCAGUGAUCUGCUGAGUUAAUGAGCUGCCCACAGCUUCCACCAGCCUGGACACACAGAGUGUUACCUCACAGUUAACUCACCACUUACUCCGUGAGUAACAGUGGGAUCCAGGCCCAGCUUGUGUUCUUCACUUUCUCAACUUCCCAGGAACCAACCAAACAUAACUUGUGCAACACAAACUCCUGUUUUCUGUCUUUAAGUGACUAAUAUUUUAUUCCAUCUCCCUUACCAUUGAUCUCCUGAGCAACUGGCCUGGGUGAAUGCACAGGAAGGGGCAGACACAGGAUCAGAACUCUUCCUGUCUGAGCAGUACCUUUUUCCAGAGAGAGAAUUCCAUCUGAAGAGUGCUCUUCCCUUUCUCUCACAGUGGUUAGGAAAUAGCUGAGCACAAGCAUUGUGGAUGAGCUACUUCCAUCUAGAGCCACUGUUUAAUUUGUGCCUCUCCAGUGUCACCCACAGCAACAGGAAGUUGUUACUUGCCAGAGACUUCCUCAUUAUCACCAUAGGAUAAAUUUAAUAUUCAGAGAGAGGUAAAAAAAAAAAAUCCCAAACCAACAUAGUUCUAUAUUAUGCAAGAAAAGCCACACACCAAUUACCUUUGAAACUGAAGAAAUGGUUAUAUUGUCCAGAUAUAGGAAAUAUUUAAUAAAUAUAGGUUAAAAAGUUGUUUUAAAGCAUUUUAGUAAGUUUUUCUUCGUAAAUAACGUCAUAGAAACAGCUGGUUAAAUACAUCCAUGUUCCAUUAUCCUGUUUAUUUGUAGCAAAUGUAUCAGAAAAGUGACUCCACCGUUACUUGUAGCAAUUUUACAUUUGUCAAAAAACAUCACGACAUUUAAGUGGACGUACAAGAGUAAAAAAAAAAAAAAUCAAAGAGAAUAGAGCUGGAAUUUUUAGUGCUUUCAGCUUUCCUUGAUUUAUCUUUUGACAUGAUGGAAGGUCAGGGUUUACAAAAUGGGUUUUUACAAAAUUUUGGGAGUGUGCAGUUCAAACCCAGCCUGGCCAGGGCACUUCCAGAGGGGAGUUCACUGCCACAAAUCUUCCGUGCGACCAAACUUGAAGACCAGUCCUC